AUAUCGAUCAGUUCCCAUUGAUCACUUUCACCGACUUUAACAGCAGAAAGAAACAAGAGGUAUCGUCAAUGAUGAACACGUAUUGGUAUAUGAUCUCGUAUAAAAACGUGCUACAAGCGUCGGCUUCCUUCUCGUUAAAUUUCAUACUUAUUUAUCAUUUUUACGUGAUUCUUCCGCGUUGAACUGACAUGAUAAGAGAGGAAAAAAGAUGACAUCCAACUGCUGCUAGUUCGAUUAUAUGGCUAUGACGACGAUGGACGUCUUCGCUUUCAAGAGUGGCUUUCUCUAAAUUGAUUUGAAAUAGAAAAUGAAUCUUCGGUGAACCACAUUGGAGCGUCGCUAUACCUACCAUGCGAGCAGAUUUUACGAAGUUGGGAGCUACCUAAUGGAAAGAUCGUGCAGAAUGUUUGGAGAAUGAGCAAUCAGCUAUAAUCAGACACAAAAAAGGAAAGAAAAAAAACUAAACAAAACAAUUACGAGCGUGACCAGAAAUACCGCCAUAAUGCUUUACCUAAACCGGACGCUGAGGUCGCGACGAAGAAAGUUAGACUAUACCUGGAUAUUUGUUAUAAUGACAUCAUUCUUUCUUUUAUGUUCUGUAUUUUCACUCAUGUUCAGGUCAUUUAAUAAAAACGCAUCUUCUCGGAAAUACAGUCAUUUGAUAGACUGGGAUGGACGGAUAUAUGUGGCGCCGAAAAACAAAACAAACUUUUCAAGGAAAAGCUUUUAUCAGUAUUCUUCACCAAGAAGUAAUAUGUGUUUCUUCUCAAGUUUCCUAGAAGAGGAAGGGAUGCCCAAACUUCAUUCAGCAUUCGCUGAUCCCGUAUCCCACAAUGUGGUCUUUAUCGGAACGCGGUUACUUGAAGACAACUGGACCCGCGAAACAUUCGUCACCCAUUUUGAAAGUGGUGAGCGCAGAUUGUGUGAUCCCAUUGUAGAGGAUUAUUUUAGCUUUGGAUAUAUCUCCCAGUUCAACAUUGUUUUGACGUGCCCACUUCCACCGUCCCUGCACCACAGCCUAAAGUUAACAUUGAGCCUGCAGCGUAUGUCAAAUGUCAAAAAGUAUCGCAGGUACGCGUAUGACAACCUGACAAUUUGCCAGUCGGGAUCGUCUAACUUUCAAAGGUAUCAUCUAUCAGCCUGCACCAUGGUAAGAAACAUGGAUCACUACCUACCAGAAUGGAUUGCCAUACAUCGGUACGUUGGUGUUCAACACUUUUUUCUUUAUGAUAACGAGCCAGAGGAAACGAGUAAACUCAGACAGACUGUUCGUCGUGAGAUCGCGGAGGGCGUCGUCACAGUCAUACCCUGGACACACAUUGCCUUGGGACAGAAAACGUAUUUAGAGGUUCAGAUUGCCCAUGAAAAUGACUGCCUGUGGAGAAACAGGUACCGAACGAAAUGGAUGAUCAAAAUUGAUGUUGAUGAGUUUGUGCAGCCAAUGAAUGAAAGCAAACGAAAAAUAACCGAUUAUCUCGAAGGUCCAAAUUUUGAAACGAUGGGGGCCGCGAGAUUGCAGAACUGGUUUUUCGGACGACAUUCAGCAGACAAUUCGGCAAUGGCUACCAAUGGUUCAAUCAUAGAAAGAAAUAUCUGGAGGCCAAGCUAUCCUUCGCCUCAGAACUGCGGCCGUGACAAAAACAUCAUUCAACCAAAACAUGUCCACUAUUUUAAAAUCCACGCAAUCAAAGUUGGAGGAGAGGCAAUCUCUUUGAACCCCUACAGCGAGCUUCGGUUAGUGCAUUACAGGCAAGACAAUUCACGUGUUAGACAUUUUGAUCUUCCACCAUUCACGCACCAAGACUACAGCAUGGUGAAGCUGAUACGAGAAGCAAGGAAGGCACAAGGAGAUAAUAGGAGCCUUAUCUGGUGAAAAUCUUUAAUUAACGAAAAAUGACAACGGAGAUAAUGACGGCGUUAUUAUUGAAGAAUUUUAUAGAUUUUUUUAUUCAUUUUAAUAUUUGCCACAUCUACAUAUAUCAUUUUGCAUCAAGGCCUGGUAACAUGCGAAUACAAAGUCAGGUUUUUCACGAUAGCAUGAAGUAAAGGACAAAUAAAGAUGAAUUAUUCUCUUAAAGAUUAAUUAUAAAUGCUUAGAAAAGUAUGGGUUUUAUUGAGGGCAGAAUGAGCAAGAUGUAUCCUACAACCACUACCCCCGGUGUCGCGGAAUAUUAAGUUUAUUUCAUCAGUAUGUUAUUAGUUUAACUAGUCAUUGGUAUGAUUUCAGUUCAAGUAUAACAUAAAAAUAUUCCUGUUCCAAUAAGCCCUUACAUCAUUAAUUUAGUUAGCAUUUAAGAUAUUAGCAUUAUUGGAAUGCAAAAUAAUUAUAGGGAAAAUAAAGGGAAGGACCAUUCUGACGAUACAUUGAUUUUAAUAAAAGUAAAAAUAGAAAAUACGAUUGUGAUGAAGACUUUUACCUAUUAAAUUCAUUACGACUUGUAUAAUGCAACUAUAUAUAUAUAUAUAUUUGUUAAUUUGCGAUGUUACAUGUGAUAAUUAAUUAGCAAUACAACCAAGAUUUUUUUUAAUAGAAAGGCAGACAUGGUUCAGAACACCAUCGCAUUCAACAGUUCAUAUUGCCUGCUAUGUCCAAAAGUGAUAAAAAUUGAAAAUAUCACCAUAUUACAAUAAAAGAAAGAAUUUACAUUACAUUACAUUGCAUUUUCUUGUGACUUUACAUUUUUCAAGUGCUGCUCGGAUGUUAUAUAUUAAAAAUGAAAGUGGAUAUUAAAAUAUGAAACCGCAAUCAUGUAUAUAACUCUGAUACUCAUUAGUGAUUUUCUUUUCUUAUUUUUCUAGUAUCAAAACCAAUGCCGGACCGAACUUCCCCUUUCAUAUUCAAAUUCCCAUCGCGGAUUCGAUAUUAUAUUUUGCCUAACUUGGUCGUGACUUUUAGAAAUGUCUACUUCUUUAUUUAAGAUCACUAUAUAAUUUAUUUCAAAUCAACGAUUAUAAUUUGCGUUUCCACAGUGUCACAGUCAUGCUGACCACAUUUAAUAUUAUCAUUAUCAUCAUCAUCAUCACUAUUAUUAUCAUUAUUAUUAUUAUUAUUAUCAUGAUUAUCAUUAUCAUUAUUAUUAUUAUUAUCAUUAUUAUCAUCAUUAUUAUUAUCAUUAUUGUUCUAUUACGGUGUGACUGCAACGUGAUGUUGAUGCCCUAUCCCCCAAAAUGUAUAAGUCAUAGUAGCAAUGUUGCUGUUUUUAAUGUUUGAAAUAGGUAAUGAGUCUAUUGUCUGCACUAUGUAUACAUGACCAAUUCAGUCAUAUGUGACCGCGACUCAUGUUUUUAAUAAACCUCAAAUUGAAUUGAA